UCCUUCUCUUACGUGGACACAACGUGAUCAUGUUUCUUUCUUUCAUGCUGCAAUCUGCCCUGGAAAAUUCCUGUGGAAAAACCGGCCGGUUCUUGCGAAAUCAUCGCUGCGCCCAGGUGGACUAGUAUCGAGUCGUCGACAGGUCAUGGCGUGUAGAAGAACAUUACAGUCGUGUAGGUCGGGGUUGACGUUACUGCGGAAAUUUGACCGCCAGCAACAGCUACGACACUCACGAUCGUACGGCAGGGAUGUCGCCAUCAUUGGCGCGCCUUUCAAGAAGGGCCAGAGGUUGGCUGGUGUUGAACAGGGACCCAGAGUGAUGAGAGAAGCAGGGUUGAUUGAGAAACUGAGAGACCUCGGCCACAAUGUGGAAGACAGGGGCGACCUCAAAUUUGAGGUUUUUAAAGAUGACCCAAAGAACUAUGUUCUCAACCCAAAAGCUGUCGGUUCUGCAGCUAAGAAGGUAUCAAAGGCAGUAGAGCAGGCUGUACGAGAUAACAAGUUGACAGUGACGUUGGGAGGGGACCACAGCAUAUCCAUUGGAACGAUCCACGGCCAUGCACAAGCUGAGCCCAACCUGUGUCUCCUGUGGAUCGAUGCCCAUGCAGACAUUAAUACCCCACUCACCACCCUGAGUGGAAACAUCCACGGCACACCACUUUCCUUCCUGGUCAAUCAGCUGAAAGAUGCGAUCCCAUGGGCAGCCCUGACACCAUUUGAUUGGCUACAGCCAUGCCUCAACAUCACAGACAUUGCCUUUGUGGGUCUGCGUGACCUGGACCCGGGCGAGCGAUACAUUCUGCAGAAGUUCAACAUCACCAGUUUCUCCAUCCAUGAGGUGGACAGAUAUGGCAUCCACGAGGUCAUCGCUAGGUCGUUGGAUGCUGUUAACCCAAAAGGGGACCGUCCAAUCCACAUGAGUUUUGACAUUGACUCUGUUGAUCCUGCAGUCACAGGUGCCACAGGAACUCCUGUUCCAGGUGGUCUGACAUUCCGAGAGGGGAUGUUCAUCGCUGAGCAUGUGUACAGGACAGGUCUUCUGUCAGCCCUUGACCUUGUAGAGGUGAACCCAGAGGUGGGGAGUCGACAGGACAAAGCCAACACCGUCAUGACAGCAGUGGAGGUUCUCACAGCUUGUUUGGGGAAGAAGAGGGAGGGCAACUUACAGCCGGGGUAUGAGCUCCCCAUGCCUUAGGGUGUUCAACAACCUGAACUGUGUUUCCUUUCUGUUACAAAUGGUCUCUUCCAAAGUGAAUACUACAUUUACAGUGGGACAAAGAAGAUAACAUUUAUUUUGAAGCGUCCACAUAAUAAGAUGAUGCUAAUUAACAUAUAACGUUAUAACUAUACUGUACAUGGUAUAUCCAAAGGAUUAUAGGUUAAUAUCAAUAACCUGUGAAGAAAACUGUGUUAGUGUUCCAUGUCUGUCCAUGUAGCGUGCUGUGGAAUAGAUCUAUACUGAAGAACUCUAUAUAUUUUAGACAUGAAGUAUGUUGAUUGAAGUUCCUAGAGGUGACAGUGUUGUAUUUUAUGGGUUUAUUGGACUUUAAAGUCUGAAUAUUGAGAUAUUUUCAUUGUCAUUUAAUGUUAAAUACACAUAUUCACACAAGGUUUUGUAACAUUGGUUAGAAUUUAAGAAAACAGAUACUAGUAACAGGCCUUUUGAAAGGUGAGGCCAUGUCAAUUUAUUAUCUUGGUUCUCAGACAUUCAACCUUGUGCCUCGGCAAGAGAUCAACAUGAAUCAGACUAUUUUUGCCACAUGAAACUGGCGUGCUGUCUUCUCAGAUUCUGUGUUCAUGUAGAAUUUUCCAGUACAUCAUGUUGUUUUAAAUCUGAGAACCAACAAAUUGAAUUGGAGUGGCCAGGAGUGCCGUGGGCCAGGUUGUCAUGUCAGCGGCCAGUUCCUUCAGUAGAAACACCUGCUGGCCCGGGUGUGCUGUGCCUCUCGUACCUGGAUUAUGUGAUCUGAUGUGCCUCACCUGAAGUCAUUCUCAUGAAAGGAUGGGUAUUGAAGAGAUGAGGCCGUCAUGUAGUAGCAGUUAGUCAAUGCUUCUCAUAUAAAAUAACGUUGUAGGAACCAUUCCUAUGUGCUGAAGGAAAUUUUGAUUAGUCCUGUACUUGUAUUUGAUACAAUACACCACUCACCCCACCCCACCCAGGUGUAAAUGGGUACCUGACUUUGGUUGGAGAGGUAAAAGGCAGCGGAAGGAGAGGGAUGGGCUCUGCUUUCCUGAAUGCGUCACAGUGAUUAACAAUUGAUACCUUAUUGCCUCAUAAGGGCUAUUGGACCUUUACCUUGAUUUUUAAUGUCCUUGCGUUGCUUUUGUGAAACUGAAAGCCUUUUUUCAUGGCUGUGCUUAAAUUAACUGCUAAUUAGGUGCAAUGAAGUCGUUUUGAGUUGCAAUUUUAAGUAACACCACUAGAGUGUACAUGCAGUAUAUUUUAGGGAACAAUGCAGUGAGGAUGGAUUCUGAUGCUUUUGUUUGCAACUGACCAAUGUUGUUUGUGAUUCCUUAUUCUGGUGUUUACUUCAGAAAACUGUGUCAACUUCACACUGACACAGAAAGCAUUUGAGAGAUGUAAUUUUUGGUCAUCAAUGCUCAGCUGACCAUGCGUACAAUCCUGUUAAGUGCUAGCAAGUAUGGAAGCGAGCUUUAACUUAGUAUGGUAGGCUUGACUUUGAUACACCAUCUUUUUUUAUUUCUCCUGGGCAAUCAAGCUCAUGCCAAAUCAUUGUGUUGCUCAGUAAGUUUCUAUAAAAACUAGAAGAUCUUUGCCUACCAUGAGAGCAAUGGCAACAACAAGAAAGAUUCUCCUGCUUAGACAUGAAUGAAGACGAUUGACACUAGUUUCUUUUUGGUGCAUAUUUCAUUGUUUGGUGCAUUUUCUGAGCAGAAU